CGUUCGCCGAUGAAUGGGACAAGUUCAUUCGAAUCCAGUACACAUUAGCUAAGAUAAGGAGCGAUAUACGGUUACAUGGACGUGAAAGUGAGAUAGCUAGCUACGGUCUGCGCGGACAGCCGGAAUUACCGCUGCUUGAGUUUUGUUUUGAGACAGUCCAGUUGCAGUAGUUGGCAGUUGCACGGCGGGCGGCGCACGAGUUGAACGGGUUUCGUGUAUCAUCGUUUAGCGCCGUGUAAAAUGAACGGGUCGCAUUUCGACACGCGUCGCGACUCACCGCGCUCGCUUCGCCGAUAACAUCUGCAAAAUUCGAUAUUUAGCUCGUGACAUCGUGAUAGUGUCGUUCGAUUUCGCAUGACGCGAUAGUAUCGGCCAUGUGAUAAGCGGCUCGAAGCCGCCCGCUUAUGUCUACCCCCGCCGAAAAAGGGAUAAAAACUUAAAAUUCCUGGAAUGCACACAUGCGGACGACGGGUAACAGUGGGUGCGUUUGUUGAGGUAGUCCUAUUACGAUGCCGCGAAGAAGUAAGUGGAUGCAUCUGGUGGCUGGCGUCGUCGCCGGUGUCACGCUCGGUGUGUUUCUGAAAUUGUGCUUAAGGACAUCUUCGAGGACUUCUAUUGAAGCCUGCCCAGAUGCGGCGAAAUUGUAUGUCGCUCCAGAUCCUUUGUCAAUUAUAGAUUUAAGAACUGGCGAAACUAUUUACAAUUCUAAUAGAACUCUUGUGUUUGUUGGUGUUAUGACUGCGGAACAAUAUUUAACCACGAGAGCUAGGGCUGUAUUUGAUACGUGGGCCCAAGAUUUACCUGGACGGAUUGCAUUUUUCAGUUCAGAAGUUUCGCGGGCGCCAGGACUACCUCUUAUUCCAUUGCGUAGCGUUGACGAUAGUUAUCCUCCUCAAAAGAAAUCUUUUCUUAUGUUGCUGUACAUGUAUGAGCACUACGGUGAAAGGUUUGAGUGGUUCAUGCGUGCGGAUGAUGACGUUUAUGUUAGAGGAGAUAAAUUAGGAGAGUUUUUACGUUCUGUGGAUAGUAGAAAACCUCAGUUUAUAGGACAAGCGGGAAGAGGCACGAGCUCUGAAAGAGAUGCCUUGGCGUUAGAUUAUAAUGAAAACUUUUGUAUGGGUGGACCGGGAGUGCUGAUAUCUCGAGAAACAUUGAGACGAGUCGCCCCUCAUGUCAAGUACUGCCUGAAGCACCUUUACACAACGCAUGAGGACGUUGAGCUGGGUCGGUGUGUAGCCAAAUUUGCUGGGGUCUCUUGCACAUGGAGUUACGAUAUGCAAACGAUCCUACAUCACAACGGGAGCGGCGCGGCCGCGUACACUGGGCGGCUCAAGAAGAGGGAGGUCCACCGUGCAAUUACGUUACAUCCAGUGAAGGACCAUCGUCAGAUGUACAGAUUACAUACGUAUUUUAAGAAUCUUCACAUCCAGGACCUCAGAGAACAAUCGUUAGAUCUUCACAGGGAUAUAUCAUCAUCUGUUCGUAAACUCGGGGUCGCAACCGACGAAGUGGCAAACUUCGUGCUCCCUGGCGACGUUCCGCUCUUCCCUGUAAAAAUAGGAGAACCGGGGUACUUGGGCAACAAUAAAAUAUUAGGUGCUCCAAUAGACUUUAACAGGUACAAACCGGACACAGUGGAGGACAUCGUGCCUUUCGAUUUCAUUAGCAAGUCUAUUUAUUCUGUGAGCCAUUCCAACCCUAAGCGGAGGAUCGAAACUCCGAUGAAAGAGGCUCUCGAUGACGUCAUAAGAGAGGUGAUGGAGAUAAUAAACGCGCCGUCACGCCAGCGCGGGCGCGUGAUCGACUUCAACGAGUUGCUGUACGGUUACACGCGCCUGCAGCCGCUGCACGGCGCCGACCACGUGCUGGACCUCCUGCUGCGCUACCGGCGCUACCGCGGACGCAAGCUCACCGCCGCCGUGAGGCGACACGCGUACCUGCAGCAGUCCUUCACGGGGACUGACAUACGAGAGUUGCCCAUGGGCGAACCGCCACCAGUUGAAGAGCCGGAAAUUCUCGAACAAUUAGAUCUCAACGGGAAAAAUUAUCAGAACGAUUACGAAGACUUCGACGAUCCACAGGGUCAAAACAGUUUCCUUGAUAUCAGCAAAUUGAACGUCAGAGAAGCAUUUGAAAACAGUUUGCUUAAAAUACAGAGUAAUUUACCAAAGGUCCUGAAAUGGAGUGACGAUGAAUACGAAUACCCCAUCUAUGAUAGACGGAUACACUUCGUUCUCCCAUUGCUAGGAAGGUUUGAGGUCUUCAAUCGAUUUAUGAAGAAUUACGAAGAUAUCGUCUUAAAAAGCGACGAAGCUGUGUCGCUUAUCGUAGUACUAUAUUUAGAUAGCAAAAGCCCAUUAGAUUACUCAAAUUCAGAAUCUUUGGUAAAUCACUACAGGGAUGUCUAUGGAAAAGAUAUAAAAAUAGUUCAAAUGGGUUCAACGACAUUUUCGAGAGGUGCCGCCUUAACGGAAGGUAUCAAACAGUGUUCUAGUGACAAUUUAGUUUUCUUCAUAGACGUGGACAUGAUGUUUAACCACGUGACCCUCAGGAGAAUAAGAAUCAACACAGUCAAAUACCACCAAGUGUACUUGCCAAUCGUAUUCAGUGAAUACAAUCCUGAGGUCGUUUACGGCGACGAUUAUAAUAAGUUCAAAGACGAAACUCUCGUUAUGAAUACAGAUUUAGGUAAAUACGUUGAAAGCGAAGAUGGUGCUACUAAAAGUGAUAGAGAAUUAGCGAAUUUGAAAUAUAGUAAAGUGAUAAAUGAUGAUUUCGGUUAUUUCAGACAAUACGGUUUUGGUAUACUUAGUAUUUAUAAAUGUGACUUUGAUAGAGUCGGUGGUUUCGAUUUGAAUAUAAAAGGGUGGGGUUUGGAGGACGUGCAAUUGUUCGAGACUUUAAUAAAGUCGAAUUUAACGGUGUAUAGAAUAGCGGACGAGACGUUAGUGCAUAUCUUUCAUUCUGUUGACUGUGAUAAGAAAUUGGAAAAGAGCCAAUUCCUCAUGUGUCUCGGAACAAAGGCUUCGACUUAUGGGAGCGAGAAACACAUGACGUAUUACAUGCUUAAUCAUCCUGAAGUUCUGUGGCCGCAAGAGGAGAAAGGUGCCAGCUAGUAUAGGGACUAUAGUAGGUUAUUUUCGAAUUUCAUUAUUUUUUGGCUUCAAAAAUCAUUUGUGAUUUUAAAAUAUCGAUAUGUUGUAGAACAGUUUUUAUCAUUUUGACUUAAUUUUGACAUGUUUAAUAGUGUAAGAAAUUAUUUAAUAAUCAAUUGUCACGUUCUGUAUUAUAAUGUUAUCGUAAAAUUUGGUCUGAAUCAGGCAUUUUCAAUGGCAUUUGAGUAUAAAAUAUCCUAAUUUUUGAAGCAUUUAUAAACUUAGAUGUUGUUUUAGGUAGUUAAUAAAUGUUCCUAAGCACUAGUAAUGAUAUAUAUUUUUAGAUCAAUUUAUUCUAUUGUCCAAUUUUAAUAAUUAUACAAUUUUAAAAUUACAUGUAUAUAAAUUUAUUCAUUUUAAAAAUUAUCAAAUCGUGAAAAUUGAGUCACUAACAGGAAUUAUUUAACGAUUAUGUUAGUUGAACAAAGAUCAAUACUUUCGAUUUGUCGUUAAAUAAUAGUAGCGUUUAUUUCAAUCAACUGUGUUGCACUCUUUUUCCAACAUGCGUGUGAAAGAGUCAUCAUCCUCAUUAUUAUGAGUUAUGCCGUCGCCAUCUUUAUUUUGUGUCAUCAAUAAUAUUAUUAUAUUUGAGAUGUAAAAGUUGUUAUACUCACUUCGAUUUUGCGUGUAGUAAGAAAAAAAUAUUUUUAUUUGCUUUUUUAUUAAUUUAAUAUGUUGAUACUUUACUAUUAACAGAUCGUUAUGUAAGUUAACGUACCAAUUUCAAUACUCAAAAUACAUAUUUACAUAUUUUAUUACACCUUAUAAAAUAUUAAAUACAUACUUUCAAAAUUUUUGUUAAUUAAAUUAUAGCUCUUAUUGCAAGCAAAGCCCAUUCGUUAUUAUUUGAGAAGGUUUUGAAUUGUAUAAACUACCUAGAGAGAAGGAACAUAAUUGGGUGCUAAUUAUUAACGGCUUUACUUAAAAAAUAAUUUUUAGCGGUGUGUCUAUACACUAUUUGCUCUCUUUUUGUCAUCAUUGAUUUGACAUUCGAAGGAAGAAGACAGCAUUGUUUAACUAAUCACCCCUGUCACAUAAUAUAAGACAUCAUAUAUGUUAAAGUAAAUGCGUAUUGUAUGUUUCCAUUAAAAUGAUUGUCCAUUUCUGAGUUUACCAAACAAACGUUCCCAAUUAUCGUUUGGUAAAAACGCCGUUUUAGGCAAUGCUGUAUAUUUCUAUUUUUAUAAAUUGAUUCCUUGUAUUUGUAAAAAUGAAAAAUGUUAUAUUAUUUUUAUGAAUUGGAUUAAAGAUAAAUUGAUGACUACAAAAUAUGUCGAAAUAGAAUUAGGUAUGGUUUAUUUUCCAUUUGUAUUUAUUUAUUUUGGCUCAAAAACCAAAUCGCCAAAUUAUUAAUUUAAAUAUUAGAAAAUCGAAGAAAAAUUUACAAAUUGCCUUAUUUAAGAUACAUUAAUUAAUAAACACUGCUUACAUUGAUAUGUAAUAUGUAAGUUUAUGUAGGUGUAAACAAAUGUUCCAUGUUAAAGUUAUCAUUGUCAUAAUAAGUAUUAUAAAUAUGUUUUAUUAAAAUCAUUUCGCUGUAAAUAUAAUUUUGUGCUCACUAAGUGCCAAUUUUCUAGACUUUUAGUGUUAAGUAGGUAAUUGCAUAUUUCUGCGGCAAUGUGAUGUGAACGAUGAGUGAUUUUUACGAAAUUAAAAUUUUCUCAUAA